AUGAGCCGCGUGGUCUCGCUGUUGCUGGGUGCCGCACUGCUCUGCGGCCACGGGGCCUUCUGCCGCCGGGUGGUCAGCGGCCAAAAGGUAUGUUUUGCUGAUUUCAAACAUCCCUGCUACAAGAUGGCCUACUUCCAUGAGCUAUCCAGCCGAGUGAGCUUUCAGGAGGCACGCCUGGCUUGUGAGAGCGAAGGGGGAGUCCUUCUCAGCCUUGAGAAUGAAGCAGAACAGAAGUUAAUAGAAAGCAUGUUGCAAAACCUGACAAAGCCUGGAACCGGAAUUUCUGAUGGUGAUUUCUGGAUAGGGCUUUGGAGAAAUGGAGAGGGGCAAACAUCUGGUGCCUGCCCAGAUCUCUACCAGUGGUCCGAUGGAAGUAGUUCCCAGUACCGAAACUGGUAUACUGAUGAACCUUCCUGUGGAAGUGAAAAGUGUGUUGUGAUGUAUCAUCAGCCAACAGCCAAUCCUGGCCUCGGGGGUCCCUACCUUUACCAGUGGAAUGACGACAGGUGCAACAUGAAGCACAAUUACAUCUGCAAGUAUGAACCAGAGAUUAAUCCAACAGCUCCGAUAGAAAAGACUUAUUUUACAAAUCAACCUGGAGACACUCAUCAAAACGUGGUUGUUACUGAGGCAGGAAUAAUUCCCAAUCUAAUCUAUGUUGUUAUACCAACGAUCCCAUUGCUCUUACUGAUACUGGUUGCUUUCGGAACCUGCUGUUUCCAGAUGCUGCAUAAAAGUAAAGGAAGAACAAAAACUAGCCCACACCAGUCCACACUGUGGAUUUCAAAAAGCACCAGGAAAGAAAGUGGCAUGGAAGUAUAAUAAUUCAUUGACUUGGCUCCAGAAAAGAAAAUAGAGUUUUGUAAUUCUGGAUCUGUAUAAGGAAUGGCAUCAGAACAUUAGCUUGGAAUGGCUUGAAAUCUCAAACGAUGUACAAGAUGAACUGUAAGCUCCCCCUUGAGGCAAAUAUUAAAAUAAUUUUUAUAUGUUUAUCAUUUCAUUUAUAAAAUAACGCUGUGCUGAUAAUGGAGUGAGACAUGCUUAUUUUGCUAAAGGAUGCACCAAAACUUCAAGUAAAUAGGAUGGACCAUGCAGAUUAAAUUGCUAUGAACACAUCAGAGAAGUAUGUGCAUUGGAAGCAGUUAUUUUUGUUUCUUUCACCUUUCAUAAGUUGUAAUCUAGUUAAUGUAAGGUAAAUUGCAUUGAAGUUUACAGUGUGCAAAAUAUUUUUCCUUUACAUAAGUGUUAGAUAAAAAUGGACUGUUCUUGUAUUUAUUUUUACAGUGUUUCAU